ACAGACAUCGCUAACUUCCGGUCAGCUGAUAGCGAAUCAUCGGUGUUUGCAAACAGAACUACUGUGGCUUCAUGCCUGCACCGUCCAGUGACACCACACACCGCCGCGGUCAUGGCAGAAAAUGAUGAAAGCGAAAUAAUCGAGCACCACGACGACGAGGAGAUGGAGAAGAGACGGGCGCAGAGGAAUCACUUCCAUUCCUUUCUGGAGAGCGUCUCGUCGUCGGAGACGGACGGACACAGCAGCACGCAGUCCUCACACCGCCUGCUCGCCUACAGUGAUGCGCUCAUCUCCAUCAUCGCCACUGUAAUGAUACUGCCUGUUGCACAUACAAAAUUUCAGGACAAUGAGGAACUGAAACAGAGUAUUCAGGCUUUGCUCACCACCAAGGUUGCUGUCUACUUGAUGACUUUUUUGAUUGUCACUGUUGCUUGGGCUGCACAUAUCCGGUUGUUUCAAGUCAUUGUACGCAUUGAUGACAAUCUUGCACUGCUUAACCUGGCAUGUAUGAUGCUUAUAACCUUUCUACCAUACACAUUCUCUCUCAUGGCAACAUUCCCUAAUUAUAUUCUUGGCAUCCUCCUCUUCUGUGCUUGUGUCAUGGUGAUCGGUUUAAUUCAGUGCUUGAUUGUCUUGUAUGGAUUCAGCCGUCCUUUUCUCCUCAAUGACCAGAUCCAAAUGUCUGAGAAUCAGGCUUAUUACAAGCAGCACAUCCUCAAAGUCAUCAUGAAGGUUCCUAUCAUGUGCCUGUUUGCCAGCAUUUUUUCAGUCAUCUUCUUCCAAUUGUCCUACGUCAUUUUGGCUAUUGUCAUAUUCCUGCCCUACAUCUCUGGGUUUUUAAAAUGGAUCUGGAAUAAAGCCAUCGGUGGUCAGGUGGAAGACAGUCCAGAUUCAGUGCUCUUCUACACCUAUCAGCUCAAUGAACCUUUGAGUAAAGAGCGAGUGGAGGCGUUCAGCGAUGGGGUGUACGCAAUCGUAGCUACGCUGCUCAUCUUAGACAUUUGUGAAGACAACGUGCCUGAUCCGUCUGUGGUGAAAAAGGAGUUUAACAACAGCCUUGUUACCGCGCUCCAGCAGUACGGCCCCGAGUACCUGGCUUACUUCGGUUCCUUCGCCACCGUUGGGCUGCUUUGGUUCGUUCAUCACUCUCUCUUCCUGCACGUGAUAAAGGCCAAUCGCCUCAUGGGCCUCUUCAACACGUUCUCCCUGGCCUUCGUGGGUGGCCUGCCGCUCGCCUACCAGCUCACGCACGAGUUUCCCAGAGGCUCCCGCAAUGAGCUGGAGGCCGUGCAGAUCAGCUGCGUCAUAAUCUUCUUCGCCGGUCUGUUCCAGCUAGCGAUGUGGGUGGUGGCGCUUUUCACAGAGCGUGAGACGUUGCACCCAUACGUGCGCUACGGCGGUCGAGAGCACACCUUUAUGCUAGCCAAGCUCUCGCUCUACCCCUGCGUGGCACUCGGGACCUUCUUUCUCACCUGCAUCCUGAGCCGCUUCAGCGCGUCCAUCUUUCACAUGAUGGAGAUAGGCGUACCGUUCGCUUUUCUUUUACUGAGGCUUCUGGUCCGUGUGGCGCUGGCGCUACUCAGAUGGCUCUUCUGUUCUGCAAGAAAUGAUUUGGACAAUGUUCCAGUAGUGGAGGAGGACUCACAGUUGCCUAUUGUUGAUGUAGUGACUUAGCAGUGAAUGGAGAAGAAAAAAACACCUCGAUGUUUGACCUAAGAUCAAGGUUAGGCUAGCUUUCCAGCGCCAUCGUUUAUAAUUAAUGCUGCAACUGACAGCUUUGGCUGAAUAAGGCGUCCGUAUGGGUCAGAUCUCUCCAGUCAUUUAGCAUAAUAGACAAAGGAAGUGAUUGAUGUAGUGUGAUAAGCCAUUGGUCUUCAUCGUGAUGAGUCUUCAAUGUCGUAAGAUGUGGAAGAGAUUUUUUUUUUGUUUCUAAUUACAGAAAUUCACAGAGGUUUUUAAGCAUCCUACAGUUUUUAUUAGCAUGCUAAAACAUUGUCUUUGUUUUUAUGUUCAUAUGUUAAUGUGAAUUGAAUUACCUAGAGGUUUUCACUAAAUUCAAACUGUAAGAACUACAAAAAGAACUACAGAGAUUUUAAGACCAGGAUAUGUUAUGUUGGUUUUAGUUAAUACUAUAGUUUUAUUACUAUCAUUUUUUUUUUAUUUAGUUAAUUAUUUUGACUUUUGUACUGAGCUUCUUGCGAUUGUAAAUAUGAUCACAUAUAAAGAGCUGUGGCCUGUUGCAUGAAGCUAGUUGAACAAACUCUGAGUUUCAGAGUAGGUUUGGAGUUGACAAAUCCAGAUAAAUCCAACCGGGGGCCUGUACCAUGAUGGUAGUUGAACAAACUCAGGGUAAUAGGAUUAGUUUCGAGUUGACAAAACCAAACCACUCCAAUCCGGCUUUGUUGGUACCAUGAUGCUGAUCAUCAACUUUCUCUGUCAACUCAGGCUUUGAUCCUGAGUUUGUGGAGCGCGUGCACACGAAUGCGUGACAUCAGUGGCAAACAGCCAAUCACAUGCCUUGCAACAGAAAUAAACUGUGAUUCACUUCUCGCGAGAGAGCCAGCGCGAUUCAAAACUCUUUCGCUGAAAAUGAAGAAUUUAAAUGCAUUUACAUUAAUAGAAAAUACUUGUCUGUGAAAGAGGACAAAUAAAAUAAAUUAUCUUGCUCUAUCAGUGCAAGUGAAACUUUUUGGUUGCUUGAUAAUAUAUAGUAAUAGAGACUCAUACAUGUAAGGUCACAUGUAGUCAUUUUUAAAAAGAAAUCUAUGGAUUCUACAGCUUCUUUGAUCUGUAGGCCUGUAUAUUAAUAUUAAUUUAAAUGCUUAAUAAUAAAUUAAAAUUGCUUGUUUGUAAUGGAUUAAUAAUAAUAUAGAUCAUAUUAUAAUUAUAUAAAGCAUAUAAUAAUUUUAAUUAUCAUUAAAGCCAGACAAUUUCAUCUCUAAAUAUUUGUUUUUAUAUAGUGACCUUUAAUUUGGAGGAAGAGUGUUGUGCCGAAUUCUGACCCCCGCCAAAUUAUUACCCCCCUAGUAUUGGUAGGUUUAGGGUUAGGGGUGGGAUUAGGAUUAAGCCGCGGUCACACUAGACUUUGAACGUGCGAAAUUUUUUCGGAUGCUAACGGUCGUGAUAUGACGUCACGGUCUACAGCGUCUUUUUAUAAACAUGAAUUCAACACAUAACUUAAAGUAAUACAUUUAAAAUGUAAAAAUAUAGAACCUACUCGACUUUACUGCAAAAAUAUAAUUCUUUUCAUUCAGCCAAGAGGUCAUGCCGUGACGAAUCGAUCUUCUACUGGUCGCACGUCUUCACGUGAUGCGAAUUCGCAGGUCAGAGUUCACCAAACUUGAACUUUGGAACGCAGCGAAAUGAGAAAUUUUUCGCACGAGCUUGCGUUUCCAGUCUGACGCAUUCGCAUGCGUUUGAAUGGAAGUCAAUGGAACGAAAAGUGCAGUAUGACCGCACCUUUAGGCAGUCAGGUAUAGCGACUUCAACGAGGGGGGUAAUAAUUUGGCAGGGAGUCAAAAUUGGGCACAACACCGGCUUCAUGGUACAGGCCCCUGGUUUAGAUCAGGAUCAACUGUUGCACAACGCUCGGUAUAAACUUUCUCUGUCAACUCAGGUUUAAAGGUGAUAGAGAGGAUUUUUUCGUCGACUGAGAAUCCAAAGACUGUUACUGAGUUUUUGAAAUGAGCGCAUGCGUAAGAACAACCCCCUCCUUCACA